GUCUUUUCAUCGGAGGGAUUUCUGCAAUGAUUCAACCAGCAGGUUACCGUGUUUUCCAAGUGGGGAUACUGCAUCUCUUUCCUUUGUGGCUGCUCGUAAAUCUGACACAUGCACAGUUCCGUUACUCUAUCCCUGAAGAACUGAACAGGGGAGAAAUUGUUGGUAAUAUUGCUAAAGAUCUUGGAACAGAUGUGGCUAAACUAGUGGCUGCUAAUCUCCAGGUACUUUCUGAUUCUGAUUCCCAAUAUUUCUCUAUAAAUGUAAACAAUGGAGCCAUAUUGGUGAACGACAGAAUAGACAGGGAGCUUCUCUGUGCACAGAGUGUUACUUGUAUAUUAAACCUAAAAUUUGCCAUUGAGAAUCCAGUAGAGGUAUACAGAAUUGAAGUGGAAAUAUUAGACAUUAAUGACAAUUCUCCACGAUUCCAGGGUGAUGAGCUUACUUUAAAAAUAAAUGAGCUGGCCUCACCUGGUGCUAGAUUUCUCAUCCCUAAUGCACAAGAUCCUGAUAUAGGUUCUAAUGCUCUGCAGGAGUAUCACCUUAGCCCCAGCGAGAAUUUUGCUUUAAUUGUAAAAAAACGAACCGAUGGUAGCAAAUUUCCAGAGUUAAUUCUAGAGAAGGCUCUAGACCGAGAACAGACCGCUGUCCACCACCUGGUGCUGAAGGCAGAGGAUGGUGGUGUUCCAAGUAGGUCUAGUACAAUGCAAAUAAAUGUUAUUGUCUUAGAUGCCAAUGAUAAUCACCCUGCAUUUGAUCAGCCUUCCUAUAAUGUCCAGCUAAAAGAGAAUGCCCCCAAAAACUCCCUAGUGAUAAAACUUAACGCAACAGAUUUAGAUGAAGGCCCAAAUGGCGAAAUUGAAUAUUUUUUCAGCAGUCACAACUCUGAUGCUUUGAGCAACAUAUUUCAGCUUAAUUCAGAAACGGGAGAAAUCCGUGUUCUUGGUAACCUGGAUUUUGAAGAGGUUUCUGUUUAUGAAAUUGACAUUGAGGCUAGAGAUAAAGGGACCCCGAUCAUGGAGGAACAUUGCAGUGUCAUAGUUCAUAUUAUUGAUGUGAAUGACAAUACUCCGGAGAUGACUAUAAGUGCAUUUUCUAGUUCUGUUCCAGAAGAUUCGCCAGCUGGGACAGUAGUUGCAGUUAUUACUAUAAAAGACAAAGAUCAUGGGGAUAAUGGAAGGGUACAGUGUCAAGUAGACAAAAACAUCCCAUUUACAGUACGGGAGGACUUUGAGCACCAGUUUUCAUUGAUCACUAGUGAUAAUUUAGACCGUGAAAGCGUUUCUGAAUAUCACAUUACAAUAACUGCAAAAGACAUGGGUAAUCCCCCUCUUUCCACAGAGAAAGUUAUAUCAGUGGUUGUCUCUGACGUGAAUGACAAUGCGCCACAAUUUGUGGAACCAGUUUAUGAGGUAUUUGUUGAAGAAAAUAAUAAAGCUGGAGAACUACUUUGCACUGUUUCAGCUUCAGAUCCAGAUUUGGACCAGAACUCACGCCUGUCUUAUACAAUAAUACAAAAUCCUAAAGAGGAUUAUGCUUCCUCAUCUCACAUUUAUAUCAACUCAGAAAAUGGACAAGUCUACCUUAAGUUUCCCCUUGAUUAUGAAAGAAUCAAUUACUUUCGGUUUCAAAUAGAAGUUGCCGAUGCUGGUUCUCCACCCCUUAAAAACAAAACCGUUGUGCAUGUUUUUGUUCUAGAUCAAAAUGAUAAUGCCCCUGUGGUUGUUUUCCCAAUAGUUGGAGCUAAUUCAGUAGCGCAUUGUAAGAUACCACUUUUAACUGGGCCAAAUGUUAUGGUAAGCAAGAUAUCAGCAGUUGAUUAUGAUUCUGGUCGGAAUGCGUGGCUUUCGUACAACUUACUUGAUGCCACAGAUCCUACGUUGUUCAGUGUUGUCCUUCGAACUGGGGAAAUAAAGACAAAACGCGCCAUUCAGGAUAUUGACCCUACAAUUCAUGAACUGCUUCUGCUAGUUAAAGACUCUGGAGAUCCAUGUUUAUCCACCUCUGUUACAGUAAUGAUGACCCUAGAAGAUAAAGAUUUAGAAAUUUCUCAAGGUGUUAAAGACCAUUCUAAAAAAAGGAAUAUUUCUAGCUUAACUCUGUAUCUUAUUGUGUGUUUAAUAGUAAUUUCAGUGAUCUCCUUGAUUGGUUUGGCUGCUCUUGGAAUUAAAAUUCACAAAUGCGAGAACAAGAACUUACCUCUUUGCUGUCGGCAAAGUCAAAAGAAAACAGUGGUCGCAGGAACCAAACUACAUGGAACUUUCCAGCUUCACCCAAGUCUUUGUAACACUAUAAUAGGGGUCAGAGUGGAUUGUGCUGGAAAUAUCCCAUCUAAUCGGAGGGUCAGAACAUGUUUCUCCCCAGUCUCAGAUAUAAGUGAGUUUAUGUUUAUGAGGCCACCUCAUGUUACUACAAACUCCUCGUCACCAGGGAUACUGGUUCCAGAUCCUAACUUCUCUAUUGCUUCCAAUGAGCAGGCACAGGCUAAUGUGGACUGGCAUUUCUCACAAGCUCAAAAACCUGGGCCCAGCGGAACCCAACCUACUGAAGAAACUGGAGUUUGGCCAAACAACCCAGUCGAAACAGAAAGACUUCAAGCAAUGAUCUUGGCUUCUGCAACAGAAGCAGCAGAAAGUUCCAAUUUGGGAGGAGGAACAGGUACCAUGGGAUUAGGAGCCUGUUAUGGACCACAGUUCACCCUACAGCAUGUGCCAGACUAUAGGCAGAACAUAUACAUUCCAGGAACUGCAACACUGGCUAAUGCUGCUGUGAAACAAGAGGGAAAAGUGUCUGCACCUUCAGGAAACAAGAAAAAAACUACUAAAAAAGAGAAAAAAUCCUGACUUUGUUGCACAGUUUUACAGAUCCGGCAUAACGCUCAGAGCAUAUCACCCCAGCCAAUAUCAUUUGGUGAAUGUCAUCUUUGCAAGGAAAGUAAUACUGACAAACUAAGGUGAAUGUUAAUAUUGACAUAUUUAGUUGUAGAUUUAUGCUAAUAAUUAUAACUGUACAAAGUCUUAUUAUUUUUUAUGGCGGUUUUACAACUGUUAAAAUAUGAAGUUGUAUGAACUUUAUCAAAUAGCUGCUGACAAGUUUUUUUUUUCCCUAAAACAGUUAUUUAAUUUUAUUUUAUUUAAUGGCUCUCAACCAAGUGGCCCUUAUUUACUAACAUAGGUGCCAGUGUGCACCAGUAAUGCAGAACAACCAAUCAGCAGUAAGCUUUUAUUAGUCAACUGCAGUUACAGAAAUGAAAACAAUUACCUGAUUGGUUGCUCUGGAUUACUGCAGGUAACUAUGUAUCCUUGUUUGCCAUUAGGAGCCAGUAUGUUCCAAGUAAAAAUUCAAUAUAUACCAGUUUAUGGCACUGCCAGCUGUAAACUACUUUUUAGUUUCGUGUUCUUUAUGUAACAAACGAGUGUAGAGACUUUUUAGAAAACUGUGGGAUUUCCUUUAUUGUCAAGCAGCACCGUGGAUAAAGGAAAAGUAAUACAUACACACAUAUGGGUCCUUUACUUAAUGCUACCUUGUGUGUUGUCUGCUUAAAGAAAAAGCAAAAGAAAGCACUUCCUCCAUUUUUGCAUGAUCAGUUUUCUAGACCCUUUUAACUUGUUUGUAAGAUUAAAUCCUUGUACCCUGCCCUGCCCAUAAGGACCAUUUGUGUUCUUGCAGAUUAUCAAAUGAAUGAGAAAAAGAAUGUAAAUCAGUUAUUUGCUGGCAUGUUACUUGCCCUUGCAGAAGAGCACAAAUUAUCUAGUAAACGAAAUGUCCAUAAAACAUUUUUGCAGGGACAUAACAAUAAGGGAAGCAUUCACUGCAGUUUCAAAAUUGUAGGGGGGUCCUGUGAAGUCUUAAAUUACAAUAGUUUUACUUAGAGGGAGAUUUACUAAUCCACGAAUCCGAAUCCCGAAAGGAAACGAAAAUUUUGUGACUUUUGCG